AUGCAUCAACGCAUUCAACUUAAUAUGGUAGAAAGAGCUGGGUACAUUUUAGCUUAUAAAAGUGACUCGCUCAACUAUGCUUCCAGUCGGUAUUUUUCUCACGAUCGACAUGAAGACGAGGGCGUUUCGAGGAGGAAUUUGAUCCACAAUCCUGUGGUAGUAGCAGCGCAUGAGUACAGACCUAUUUUCGUGCGAAUCAGAGGUGGUCCAAGUAGAGACGGUACAGUAAGAGGUGGUGCAUAUUGGGGUCCAACACAAAAGGGUACCCCAUACUUGUGCUCACGGGAGGCUAUCCCAUAUGAAGAAACUUCGCAAGAUUUUGACGAGUUUUUAAAACAGCUUGGUUUUGAUACCCUUAUGGUUAGAGACAAAUUUGGACAGAAGCGCUCAUUCGUAGUCUUUGACACAGUGUACGCCGUCGAAGCACAACAGUUCAAGGCCGAUUACACGAAACUCCAUGAUCCCUGCACUGUUAGUUUUCUAUCGAUUAGCAUUAAACUAGAACAAAAGAUUUUGGUAAUAUUUAGUAGUCAAAAUAUGAAAUUUUGGAGAAUAUGUGCCCCACUACCGUAUCUGCCCACCUCUUAAAA